GGUGGUCACGCGAGUAUUCGAGCAGCCGAAGCAGGUCAAACACGAGAACUACCCAGCGAAUACUACUCGCUCACCUCAAACAUGGCCUUGACGCUUUUGCCGUACAAGGCCGAAUACCUACGGGCCAUUACGGACAUGGGCUCCAAUGGUAUUCGAUUCUCCAUAUCAAGUCUGCAACCACCUACUCAAAGGGUCAUGCCUACCUUGUACCAGCAUCGAGUGGGUAUCUCUUUGUACGAUGCACAAUACUCCACAUCGGGCGAGAGGGUGCCUAUAGACGACAAGACCAUCUCGGCUGUCGUGGUGGCCUAUAAGCAAUUCAAGCGGACAUGUAUCGAUUAUGGCGUACCGGAUGAAAAUGUGACUGUGCUUGCCACAGAGGCCACUAGGACCGCCCUCAAUUCAGUCGAGUUCCGCCAACGGAUCAAGGACGAGGUAGGCUGGACUGUCACGAUGCUUUCGAAGGAAGAAGAAGGCCGCAUCGGGGCACUGGGAGUCGCUAGCUCCUUGCCUGAAGUCAGUGGACUUGUCAUGGAUCUUGGUGGCGGAUCGACUCAACUAAGCUGGCUAGUCAAAGGAUCAAAAAACGCCGGGAUUCAAAUGCCGGAUAGAGGAUCGGUUCCCCCCGAGCUCGAGGCUUCCGCUUUCGAGGAUGGUGGAAUUACACUUUACCUUUCAGGCGGAGGAUUUCGAGGCUGGGGUUAUGUGCUUAUGGGUCGACACAGCAUCGACCCCUACCCAAUCCCAGUCAUCAAUGGAUACAGAGCUAGCAGGCGCGAUUUUCUCAGCAUCGAACAAGUAAAAGCAGCUGCUGAAACCUCGCUAUCAUCCCAAGAUGAAGAGGAGUCGAUAUUCAGGGUAUCCGACAGGAGGGCCGGCCAAGUUCCUGCUGUCGCACUGCUUGUCAAUGUUCUCGCAGAAGUUCUUACCCAAGUCAAAGACGUGCGUUUCUGUCAAGGUGGCGUACGAGAGGGAUAUUUAUUCGCCUCACUUUCGAAUGAGAUCAGAGCCCAAAAUCCGCUGGUUGUCGCAACUCAGCCAUUCGACGUUAGCGGCAUGUCCGAGGCGCUGGCAAGCUUAUUGGAGGAUGCAUUACCAGCCGGUUCUACCAAGGAGGCUACUGAUGACUAUAAAUCGGUAUUGACCACAGACUUGUUCGACACGUUAGCAAAUAUGAUGUACUAUCAUUCAAGUCAUUCGAAAGAACUACAAGCGACGGCCGCCCUCAGAAGCACAACAUCAGGCAUCCUAGCAGGCGUGCACGGUGUACUGCAUGAAUCGCGGACACUCAUCGCCCUACUUCUGUGCGCGAGAUGGGGCGGGAGUGUACCACCCAACGAUGAAAAGUUCAAACAGAGCCUCGAACGCUUGGUGCCGUCCCCCUGGAUACUCUGGUGGGUUAAUUACAUCGGCGCAGUCGCUGCUCUCAUAGGAAGUGUAUAUCCCUCCGGAUAUGUCUCUCAGCAACACAAACGCCUUGCACUGAGAGCAAUAUGGACUGCCGAUGAAAAACAGCGACCGGUCCUCACACUACAGGUCACACUGUCGGCAGACAUCGAUCCGGCACUGUUUGAUGCUGAGGCUAGAGAUAUUGAAAAGGUGGGUAAGAGGAAACGUUGGAUUGGUGGUAGAGACGGCGCCGGCCACAGAGUUGCGGUGAAUAUCAAUCCAUGACCCCUGGUCGCGCGUCAGCGAUUUACGUUUCGACGAAGGCAUCGGCUACUGUGAUGCCGUGACUCAGUAGCAUAAAAUUAGAACGGUCGUCGGCAAUGAGUGCACACGUCGAUGCCUGUGAAGACGCCGGAGAAGGUUUGCCGAGUCACUGAGUCAUGCGAGCUUAUCCACGUCACGAGCAACGCCGCGUUAGCUACCUAGGUAUAGAUGUAGGAA